ACGAGGAAUUGCUUUAUAUUAUAUCGGAGCGAACGGCAGAAAUGAUGGCUAAACAGCUAUACGAUCAACAGAUUAUACACAAACUUAUAGACGCCUUUAACAAACUGAUCAAUGCGGGCAUUCAACUAUACCAGACCUAUCUGGACAACUAUAUACCCAAUGUUGAUCUGGUCGACAACGAUAACCAAAGACAGCGGUUUUGCGAAGUGGCCACACGGCUCAGGUAUCUGUUGCACGAAGCCAUGUCAAUGGAAGAGGUGCUCACACACGCUGUCGAGUAUACACCGCAAGCCCUAGCGAUACAAGUGCAGCCCAUACCGGUAGGCAGACCGGCGCCGUUAAACUUGCAGCCGUGGCUACCCGAGUUCCCGACACACAUCAGUAGUAUGAAUGAAUUUGAAGGAAUCAAACAAAAUGUGGAAAACAAUAGACACCGAUUAUAUCAAAUCAAUUGGAUGGAUGUGUUUAACCGGUACGCACACCGGGACCACUCAAUUGUUAUCAAUAAGACAGGAAAUCAGGUAUUAAAGUUUGCAGAUAGUAAUCAAGUGAUUCACGUGUUUGUUAAUAUAGGAGGCAAUCAUGGGAUCGAAUUACGAUCAACUAGUUUUCUGACCAUUGAUUAUAAAAAAGCGCACACGUAUUAUAUACGAACAGUAAGCAAUCGACAAUUGAUAUACAAGAGUCCAAAACUAAGUGAAUACAUUUUUCAACCGGUUUAUAGUUACGGUAAUCACGGCGAACACGUUAUUGUUGGUCUGAACGGUUGGCAUACAAUGGUAUUGCAGUUCAAAGACAUUGGCCCAGAGGAACGGGUAUAUUUUGUCAACUACAGAAUAGCCCGCAAAUUGAGACGACUGUUUGAGGUGUGGGAUGUAAUGACAGUUUAUCGGCACUGGUUUGUAGAUCUGAUUCGUUACGCUUCGUUGCUUAUUGAGAUGCAAAGAUUUGCCAAUCAAAACGUUCAGCUCCGACAAGAUAUUACCAUCGAAUUAAUCAAACAGAAAAAGUGGUUGGCCGGUGCACUGCCCCGACUGUUUACCAAUUAUCAUGCACUGGAAAAGCUGCAACUCUUGCACCGACACAGUAUACUGAUUGCCGAUCCAAACAGACAGUUGCCAAGAGAUUUGGUUUUAUGGCCGUCAAAAAAUGAAGCUAAUAAUUUAGAUGUUGAAGGAGAGGAUGAAUCAGAUGCUGACGAUAAUGAUGCCGGUGCUUAUUGGGGAGUUGUUUUGGAUUCAACAGUUGUUGUUGUUGAUGAUGAUGAUGGUGCUUAUGGUGGAGCUGAUCCCAAUGAUCCCAUCAAUUUAUUAGUUCCCACCAAUCUACUCACUCAAAUCGAGCCCAUCGGUCCUAUGGAUCCCAUUGAUACCAUUGAUCCGAUAGAUCCCAUGGAUUUCAUCAAUCCCAUUGGCCAUGACCCUAUGAUAUAUGAAGGUGCUGUUGGACAUCAAGAACCUGCUGGCAAUGAACAUCCCGGUACUAGAAGUCAGGAUAGUCCACAAGGAGCUUGUAAACGACGAAAGUCUUCAACCGCUACAAAACAAGAUCCACAGUCGGAUGACAAACCAAAUUAAACAUAAAAUAUUUGAUAGACUAUUGUCUGAAAAAUGAGAUAGGAUUACAAUCAAUAGACAAAAGAGAUUUACUGAUUCAUCAAUAUCAAUAUAACACUUUAAGAUAAUAGUUCUGUUUGUAUGCGUGCAAAUUUCAUCAACAACCAUAUUU